AUGACAGACAACAAGGCUUCUCCCAACAAUCAAGAUGAUUCAAAGUAUGGCGGGUGUGAGGGUCCAGAAGCAAUGUAUGUCAAGUUGAUCUCAUCUGAUGGUCACGAGUUCAUUGUGAAGAGAGAUCAUGCACUCACCUCAGGAACCAUCAAGGCUAUGCUCUCUGGGCCUGGUCAGUUUGCCGAGAAUGAAACAAAUGAAAUUCAUUUCAAGGAAAUACCGUCUCAUGUACUGCAGAAGGUUUGCAUGUACUUUACAUACAAGGUUCGAUACACAAACAGCUCUACUGAAAUUCCGGAAUUCCCAAUAUCGGCUGAAAUAGCUCUUGAAUUGCUUAUGGCUGCCAAUUUUUUAGAUUGCUGA